AUGUCGACGAAGAACACCGUGAUCUUCAUUGUAACGCUGAUGAUGCAGAUCUACACAGCGAAUUCGAAUACGUUCACACCUUAUCAAGGUAAUUUCACUGCAAAUUUCACGUAUGAGCUGCCGAAAGAAAGCGAGGAAUUAUGCCUCCGCACAUGUUUCGAGGAAUCUGACUGUACUUUCGUUCAAUACAACGAGAAUGUGUGCACCAUUUUCAAAAGUGGUGAAGUCAACCAGGUUGGACGCGGCAAUGUAUAUGCGCUUGAUCGGCAACUAGUGCUACCAACAUGCGAGCGACCUUUACCACUUGCUCAAAAUGUGGAAUUUCAACAACUUCCGGAGCCGGUCGAGGCACAGAGCGAGGCUAGGAAGGCGCAGUUGCUUGCCAUGAACACAACUGCGUCCUUGACCAUUAUAGACAUAAUUGGUUUGAGCGGCUCCAGGUUUUUUCUGAAAGAUGUCACAAAAAUGCCUGAUGGUGCAAUUAUCCUCAGCAGACUUGUGUUUGCGAAGGAACCAAAUCCGGAAUGUGUCUCAGUACCAGUCUUUCAAAGAGCAAGUCAACGCAGGCUCUACUUUGGUGAUGUCUACAACGUGACCGGGUACACCUUCCUGGAUGCAUACGCAUUCACCGGCCGCUGUGCUUGUGCAGGAAUUUGCUGUGGACAAGUGCGCAUAUACGAGAACUUCGAGGGUGGCAGCUACUAUUACACCUACUACUACCGGGCACCAUUUAAAACCGAAAUGAACCAAAUCCUGUACAUUGCCGGCAUUCUGAAGGCCGAUAACGCAACAUCCUCGGGGAUGAGAAAAAGUUGUUAAAACAAGCCCAAUGUGGGGCGAUUUUUCAUCACGGAACGAUACCAA